CGCUUGGUUCCUGCCCCACCGCGCGCUCCGGUGUGCGGGAUGGGCACCAGGAACACGCUGCGCUGGUCCCUCCAUGCUGUCCCCGACCCGGCACCGCGGUGGCGUGUGGUGCGUGCCAGGUCAGACCGGCCUGCUCACUGCAAGCGAGGGCGUGUAAAUACGGAGGAACAAAAGAUGUGUCCUGUCCUCGUGUGCUUUUGGCAGAACAGGAGCUGCUGUGCUUGGUCUGCUGCCCAGCGGGACGGCGCGGGCAGAGCCCGCUCUGCCUGGGGUGCGCUGGGCUCUCGCUGGGGUCGCUUUGUGCCAGACCCGCCUGCUGCUCCAGCACAUCAACGCCUCUUCCCGCUCUGUCUGCUCCGCAGUUCAUAGCUCGGGUGACCCCUCCGGACUCGCUCCUCACGGCAGCCCCGCUGCGCGGCACGUCUCGGCGGGGGACACGGCUUACCCGGAGCGCAGCUGGGGGUCGUACCCCACAGGCGGCCGCAGUUGCCUGUCGGGAGGUGAAGGGUUUGCUGGAGCUGGCGUGCGAUCCGCUGCUGUUGCAGUCUGCCCGCUCUGGUGACCGGGGCGUGCUUGCCGCUUACCUUUGAAAAGCUCUAUUUAACCAUCACUGCUCAAAAAACAAAACAUAACCCUAACCCCAAAACCUCCAGUGCACAGCAGGAUUAUGGCAAAAAUUGCUCUUCUGGAUUUGGCUCCUGAUUAAAGCUGACGGAUAAUGGACACAUUUCCUCGGCGAUGUCUCUGGGGCGACUCCUCCGACGUGCCUCUUCAAAAGCUUCCGACCUGCUGACCUUGGCCCCUGGUGGCAGCAGUUCACCCUCCGCGCUGGACGGGGAGAUCCUCUACUCGAAGAACAAUGUGUGCGUCCAUCCCCCUGCGCUGCUGCCGGCCGUCGGGGAGCAUCAUCCAGGCUAUUUGUGCUUGUACAUGGAGAAGGACGAGCUGCUCGGAGCCACGCUCAUCCUGGCCUGGGUGCCGAACUCCCGCAUUCAGCGGCAGGAUGAAGAAGCCCUGCGCUACGUCACCCCCGAGAGCUCCCCGGUCCGCAAAGCUCCCCGCAAACGCGGCCGCCACGCUCAGGGCGUCGGCCACCAGCCCUCCCCCCCCGAGCAGAAGGGACAAGACGUCCUGGCCGCGUCACAGCCCGUGAAGGAUGCGGCUUACGUCAGCUCGCCCUCGUGGGAAGGGGAGAAGCUGUCGCAGGGCUGCCCCGCGGCAGACGGCCCCCGGCGCUCCCCCCAGCCCGCCCGCAGCGACUCAGGGAUCCUCUCGACAAUCAGCUCUCAGGAGGAGCAGAACAGGUCGGAGCUGUCGGCGGAGGGGCCGGAGGACGGUCUGGACUGCAGGCCGGAGCCGGGGGAGGACGAGGGCUCCCUGGAGCUGUCUGCCGACGACGUGAGCAGGGACAGCACCCUGGACUCCGAUUCCGAUGCCUUCUCUUCUCCCUUCUGCCUCUCCCCCAUUAGCGAAGCCCUCGGGAAGAGCAGCAGUUCCGUGUUUCUGGAUAACGAAGGCAGGGACUCGUGUGACAACGGCCUGACCUGCUCCACCAGCUCUGCCUCCAGCCUGGACACCGGCGCCCCGCUCCCGGAGAGCCGAGCGCAGGCGCACAGCGCCAGGUGGGACGAGCAGCAGAGAGUCUUCGCCCUCGAGCAGGUCUGUGGUGUCUUCAGAGUGGACCUGGGACAAAUGAGAUCCCUUCGCCUCUUCUUCAGCGACGAGGCGUGCACCUGCGGGCAGCUGGUUGUCGCGAGCCGGGAGAGCCAGUACAAGAUCUUCCAUUUUCACCACGGUGGCCUGGACAAACUGUCGGAGGUGUUCCAGCAGUGGAAGUACUGCACAGAGACGCACCUCAAGGACCAGCAGCUCGCCGACGAGAAAACGUGUAUGCAGUUCUCCAUCCGCCGCCCCAAGCUGCCGUCCUCGGAAACCCACCCGGAGGAGAACGCGCACAAGCGGCUGGACGUGUCGGGCUGGCUCCGGCACCUGAACCACAGCGGCCAGGUGGAGGAGAAGUACAAGCUGCAGAAGGCCAUUUUCUUUGGCGGGAUUGAUAUUUCCAUCCGCGGGGAGGUGUGGCCCUUUCUGCUGCGUUACUACAGCUACGAGUCCACCUCGGAAGAGAGGGAGGCCCUGAGGCUGCAGAAGAGGAAAGAAUACUUCGAGAUCCAGGAGAAAAGGCUUUCGAUGACUCCAGACGAACAGAAGGAGUUCUGGCGUAACGUGCAGUUCACAGUAGAUAAGGACGUGGUGAGGACUGACCGCAGCAACCAGUUCUUUCGAGGGGAGGACAACCCGAAUGUGGAGACUAUGAGGAGGAUCCUGCUGAACUAUGCAGUAUUUAACCCGGCGAUCGGAUACUCCCAGGGCAUGUCCGACCUGGUCGCCCCGCUCCUGGCAGAGAUCCUAGACGAGUCGGAUACUUUCUGGUGCUUCGUAGGACUGAUGCAGAACACGAUCUUCUUCAGCUCCCCCCGGGACGAGGACAUGGAGAAGCAGCUGAUGUACCUGCGAGAGCUGCUGCGGCUCAUGCACCCGCGCUUCUACCAGCACCUUUCCUGCUUGGGAGAGGACGGCCUGCAGAUGCUUUUCUGCCACCGUUGGAUCCUCCUCUGCUUCAAACGUGAAUUUCCAGAGGCCGAGGCGCUGCGCAUGUGGGAAGCGUGCUGGGCUCACUACCAGACUGACUAUUUCCACCUCUUCAUCUGCGUGGCCAUCGUGGUGAUCUAUGGGGACGACGUCAUUGAACAGCAGCUGGCCACGGACCAGAUGCUGCUGCAUUUCGGCAACCUGGCCAUGCACAUGAACGGCGAGCUGGUACUCAGGAAGGCGCGGAGUCUGCUGUACCAGUUCCACCUCCUGCCCCGCAUCCCCUGCAGCCUGCACGACCUGUGCAAGCUGUGUGGGACCGGCAUGUGGGACAGCGGCUUCAUCCCCGCCGUGGAGUGCUCUGGCCAUCACCCCGAGUCCGAGAGCUGCCCGUACGGGGGGCUGGCGGAACCGGCUGCUCCUCAACCAGGAAGCGAAGGCAAGAGAGGCUUGAAAACACGGGACGUCUUUGCUUUCCGAAAAUAGCUGUGGAGGAACAGGGUGUGACAGAGGAAGAGGGAAGGGCAGGAAGGAUGUGCAUAGGAAAAACUGCUCAAGACAAAAAUGGAGGGAUGGCUUGUCAAGACUUCUGAGAAGACUGAAUGGUGGAGAAUGAACGAGGAAUGAAAUUCCUCUGCGGGGAAAGCAAAUUCCAGUGCGCUGGUGGUGGAACCAGAACAAAAUGCAUCGAACCAGGGGCAGCGUUUGCAUGCAUUUGGAUUUGAUUUUGUUAGAAAUAUGAAGCUUUUCUAGGUCUUAACAAGGACUUUUUAUUCUGCCUCUGGGAUUGGACUGGUUAGCAACCAGAACUUCGUUAGUUGCUGGUGAGUGGGGACAGGGUGGGGAGCCAAGGACAACCAGCAGCGCUGGGGCCAGAGCUCUGUGCGACGUCCCCCCCGCCAGCGCGUACCACGUGCACCUUCUGCGUCAGCCAAAACCUGCAGCUCAGAGGCUUCUCUCUAAAGCCACAACAGCCAUUUUAAUGAUAAUCUGCCAAAAAUAACACUGCAGACUAUUGGGAUUGCAGGGAAGUGUCUACUUGGUCGGCGAGGAAGAACUGGUCACCUAAAGGUCUCGUCUCCCGCCUUUUCAUUUUCUACGUGGUACACCGGCUGCCAUGAUUAUUUUGCAUUCGUACGAAGUGCAGCCCAGGGUCUUUACGCGCUGCUUUCCUGCAGCCAGGGUGUUUCCUGGACACCUUUCCAAGUUUACUUCUUCAUGACAUUACAGCAAAGCUGUUUUCUUUAUGCUGACAACCGUAGACUUUAGACAUUUGUUCAUGGAAAUCUGUUGUUCCCGGUGUGUUUCCGGUGUGUUUCCUUUGGCUCCUCUCGGUUACAGAACAUUCGCGGUCCUGGCCGGCCGUUGCCGUGGGCUGUGGCACACGUGGGCUUUGCGCUCUUCAGGCAGGGUCAGUAGCGCACCCUUCCCCAUCCCAAAGUGAAAAUGAAGCGGGGUUUGUCGCAGACAUUUUGGCUGAGCUCUGUCUCCAAGGAAGGUUCCCCUUGAAGUAUUGUUGAAAGGACAGCUUGUUUUACCUCUUGUCUUCUACAAAAUUCGCCAACGGAAAGUGGAGCUGGGGCCUUGAGCACAGCCGUGUUGCCGAAUGUCCUUACCAAAUGCAGUGGCAUCCAAAGGUGCGUCCUGAGCCAGCGUUUGUGCCAAACAGAGCCGGGGAAUAGUUUCCUUGUAGGAAUGGAGAAGGAGAUGAGGUGGGUGGGCUGUGCCGGCACUGCUGUGUCCCCACGCACGGCGUGCGAGUCUCGCAGCCCGUCCUGGUUGUCCUGCUCCCCCAGUCCAGCCGCGGCACCGCUCCUGCACGGCCCCGUCCUGCCCCUGCACGGGGAGAGCCCACGCGCACUUUGCAGGGUUCUUUGUCCUUUUAGCAGCACACGUGGCGGCCCCUCUGUCCUGGUGCUGCCGCCGUACCGGCACCAGAUCCGCAGAUUUGUCUGAUAAUCUUUCUGCGAGGCAUUCCCCGCGCCCGAAAUGGAGCCCGUGCCCAGUGCCCGCGGGGGCGAGGCUGCCACGGGGAUGCGCCGUGCCGAACCAGCGCAGGCUGAGCACACGCUGCCCCGGACGGGGGGAGAACACCCUGUGCAGGCUCCGCACCAAAGACCGGCUGCUGUGCAGCACAAGGACAGUUUGGCUCCUGAUCUGUGUGCCUUUAAUUCAGCGGGUGAAAACCUUCCCCUGGGCGAGAGUGGUGGUGAAUCCUCCUGCCGUACCGCGCGGCUCCGGACCAGCCCGGCUCCGCGGCCCCGGGGCUGCCGGCGCAUGCGGCGGUUCGGAGGUGACCCCGGGCGCGAGGGCUGCUGCCGGCUCUGCGGUGCAGAGGGGGUGUGCGGUGUUUCAGUGAACAAUAAAAGUCUGUGUGAGGCGUUUGCGUGGUA